AUGGCGCCUUCACGAGCCACCUUCGCUAUUAAAAAGCAUCGUGGCCGACAACUUGAGUCGGGCCUGACGAUUCCACUACAAUCCCUGAGCUCCGGACCCGCACCCGCACCCGCAAAUCGCCCCACGUCGGAACAACUUGUCCCAGCGAUUGCCGCCCCUCAGAGUCCUCCUAACCCCCACUCUCCCGACAUCAGAGAGCGGAACGAGUGGAAGGUCGGGGAGAUUCUACUCCCGCCACACGAUCAGGUCGGGCGUCAAGGCUCUGACUCCCAUGGCCACGGGCCCGAGGCGACAGUGCCACCGGCUGACCAGACCGACAUUGAUCGGGAACCUGACCCUAUGAGCAAGAACCUCCCGCCCUUGCGCUCAGCCGCGGGCUUCAGCAGCCCCUCAUAUGGCGCCGUUACACCCCGACCCCUAGCGGGUGGGAUUCCCGAUGAAGAGAACACGGUUUCACUUCCCCAGUCCCGGAAGAGCUCGAACUCUAGCCGGAACUCAUUUGGAGGGUCUGGGGUGAGGCGUCGUCGUGAUGGUUCCCAGCGCAGGUCGCCGAGUUCACGACGGACGCCGAGACAGUCAGAGGAAUUGGUCGGUUCGACGACCAUUGGCGGCCUAGAAGGCCGGUUCGGCACCACAGAGACAUCACUCCUCAAUAACCUAUACAAGGAACCAGAGGUUAAUGAGGACGAUGAUGAGGAGUCCUACAUCUGCGACUCGGACAUAGACGACGAUGAGGAUCCGCCAGACAACUCGCCCUAUGCGCAAGUCCGGGCCUCUGUCUCCCCGACCGAUAACACGACCCUUUCGAUAAACACCCCCCGGAUGUGGACGCUUUCCAUACUCUUCUCCAUUCUAGGAUCCUCAACAAAUUUGUUCUUUUCGCUCCGAUACCCAAGUGUUGCGAUCACCCCUGUUAUAGCACUGUUGAUGGUCCACCCUCUUGGUCUCUUAUGGGACUAUCUUUUGAAAAGGUCCGACGACCCGCCGGAAAACUUUGUCGACGGAUUUCGAAGCCACAGCCCUUCGACCCCCGCAUCGGAUUGCCGCGACCACUCCCUUUCUACCGGACGAAGAGGCACCCUCGGUCGGGUGCGGCUAUGGCUGGCGCAGGGCCGAUGGAACGAGAAAGAGCACAGCUGUGUUUAUGUGAGCAGCAAUGUCUCAUUCGGAUUUGCCUUUGCAACGGACGUCAUUGUUGAGCAGACGCAAUUUUACAAGCAGGAAGUUGGUAUCGUGUACCAGCUGCUGCUCACCAUUUCCACACAGGUUUUGGGGUAUACCUUUGCCGGACUUACAAGGCGGUUUUUGGUGCGCCCAAGCGGCAUGAUUUGGCCUGGGACGCUCAUGUCAGCAGCGAUGUUCACAACAUUGCACAAGGAGGAGAACAAGGAAGCCGAUGGCUGGAAGAUUAGCAGGUGGAAAUUCUUCUAUGCUGUUUGGUUGGGGGCAUUUCUCUUUUACUUUUUGCCGGGACUUCUGAUGCCUGCGCUGAGCUUUUUCAAUGUGGUGACUUGGUUCGCGCCCAACAAUGUUGUCGUCUCCAACCUGUUUGGCGUGGUUUCGGGAUUGGGAUUGUUCCCCCUUACAUUUGACUGGGCUCAGGUCGCCUACAUUGGCUCGCCGUUGCUUACCCCAUUCUGGGCAGCCAUGAAUGUCGUCGGCGGCUUGGUGGUGGUCAUGUGGAUCGUGGCGCCCAUUGCAUACUACAGCAACUGGCUCUACUCAUCGUACAUGCCGAUUCUAUCGGCAGCCGUGUUCGACAACACCGGCAAGGUGUACGACGUGAGCAAGAUCCUGACCGAGAACUUCAUGUUUGACCGAGAAGCCUACUCCCAGUACAGUCGUGUCUUCCUGCCCAUCACGUACGUUCUCAGCUACGGCGUGCAGUUUGCCGGGCUGGCAGCGCUCAUAACACACACCGUCUGUUGGCAUGGACAGGACAUUUGGACGCAGUGGAAACGGUCCCUGGAGGAAACCUCGGAAGAGCAAAAGGGAUCGUACCAGCCGGUGUCUGCCCCGGGGCCGGAGCCCGCGAGGUCCACGAAUGGGCACGGGCAAACGGGCAACAACACUGCUUCUGUCAGCGCCGACAACUUGAUGAGCCGCGAGGAUGUCCACAACCGCUUGAUGCGGAGGUACAAGGAUGCGCCGAUGGUGUGGUAUUUGCUCACAUUUGUCUCGAUGACGGCGAUUGGCAUUUUUGUCGUCGAGUACUACCCCAUUCAUCUCCCCUGGUACGGCCUCAUCCUCGCCCUCGGCAUCUGUGCCGUCCUCUUCAUCCCCAUCGGCAUCAUCAUGGCCGUAACCAACCAACAUUCCUCCAUCUACCUCAUCUGCCAACUGAUCGCCGGCAUCCUCUUCCCCGGCCGGCCCGUCGCCAACAUGGUCUUCGUCACCUACGGCUACAUCUCUUCGGCCCAAGGCAUCAAAUUCGCCGCCGACCUCAAACUCGGCCACUACAUGAAAAUCCCCCCGCGCAUCCUCUUCACCAUCCAAGUCGUAGCCACCACCAUCUCCUCCAUCACCCAAAUCGCCGUCCUCAACUGGAUGUUCACCAACAUCCCCGGCCUGUGCACACCGCAGGCCAUCAACGGCUUCACCUGCCCCAUCGCCCGCGUCCACUUCAACGGCUCCACCCUCUGGGGCGUCGUCGGCCCCAGCGAGUUCUUCGGCCCCGGCGCGACGUACCGCCCCUUAAUCUGGGCCUUCGCCGUCGGCGCGGUCUUACCCAUCCCGCUAUGGGUCUACGCCCGCCACCGCAAGGACUCACUAGUCCGCAAGAUCAACUUGCCCGUGUUGUUCGGCUCGCUGGGGUGGAUCCCGCCCGCGACGGGGCUUAAUUUCUCCGUUUGGGCCCUGGUCUGCUACUUGUUCAAUUACCUGAUCAAGCGGCGCGCGCCGGCGUGGUGGGCCAAGUACACGAUGACGCUGAGCGCGGCGUUGGAUUCAGGGCUCGCGGUGGGGAUUGUAGUGGUGUUCUUUGGGUUUGUGUAUACAGGUGUGAUGAAGGGGUUUAGUUGGUGGGGGACAGAGGUUUAUAAGCAAGGGUGCGAUUGGCAGGCGUGUGCGUACCGAGAGGUGCCUGAGGGAGGUAGGUUUGGACCGGAUGUGUGGUGA